AUUUAGAAUGUAAAUUUGAUGUUUGAUUUCGAUUGGUAAUAGUAUUUGCUGUUUUGCAAUGUGCGCAUCAAUCAUUCGCUUGAUUAUUCUCGCCUUCACUACAAUUGUGAUUGUUGGAACGCAAAAUAUAACUUGGGAUUCCUACAAGUUUGGUUUAACCUGGCCUCCAACCUAUUGUUAUUCAUACAUACGCCCAAUACCUGAUGGAGUUACAUCCUUCACAAUUCAUGGACUAUGGCCUGAAAUUUAUCCAGACAUAAUUCCGAAUUGCACAGCGGAAGAAAAAUUCAAUUUGACACUUCUAAAUCCACUGAGACCAGAAUUAAAUCACAAAUGGCCACAUUUAAAUAAUUUGUCCGCGACAGAAAUUUUUUGGUAA